UUAAUUUCAAAUGUUUAGCUGAAAACUUUCUUCUUUUGUGCGCUGUAGAAGUGCUGGCGGAUUAAGAUCAAAUCGAAAACACACUCGGACAAAUCACGCAGACCGUAAGCCGGUUUUAGCUGGUUGCAAAACUUGGUCGUUUUUCCGCCCUAAAUGGAUGACGAUCUUACCGAGUACGCUCCGGACAUUCCGGACAAUGUACUGGAGCUGAUUUUCUCCUACCUAAAGCUGCAGGACCUGCGGAAUUGCUCGCUGGUCUGCAAAAGCUGGAACCGCUUCCUGAACGAUGAGAAUAACGAGGUUUGGCGAGCGCACUGUAUGCAGAAACUUGCUCCCGAUGCGUUCAAAAACGAUCUGCUCUCGGUGGUACCGACCUACAAGGGAAAGCUGAGAGCUUUCUAUCACGCAUGGAAUCCUUACGAUUGCAGCCGACAUGUGUAUAUAAAACCGAAUGGAUUUACGCUGCAUAGGAAUCCAGUGGCUCAAAGCACUGACGGGUCUCGUGGGAAGAUUGGUUUUCAGCACGGCAGACAUGCUUGGGAAGUGAGGUGGGAAGGUCCCCUGGGAACAGUUGCAGUUGUAGGCAUUGCAACCAAGGAUGCUGCAAUACAAUGUCACGGAUAUUACGCGUUGUUAGGAGCCGAUGACCAGAGUUGGGGCUGGAAUUUGGUGGACAAUCUACUGUUGCAUAAUGGCGACGCGCAUGGGAUUUAUCCCCUGCUCAACAAUGCGCCCAAAUACAAGGUUGGCGAGAGGAUUCGCGUAAUUCUGGACUGUGACGAUAAUACGUUGUCGUUCGAGAAAAACUACGAAUUUUUGGGAGUAGCUUUUACAGAUUUACCGGAUAAGAUUUUCUACCCAACCGUAGCGGCAGUGUAUGGAAAUACGGAAAUAUCGAUGGUUUACUUGGGUCCGCCGCUGGACGGCUAGUGUUUGGAGACGGACUGCACGUAUACCAUUUUUGAGCAACUGUUUAGUAAAUAGGAGUAAUAUUUAGCGUCCACCAUGUGCCGCUGAAGUACAUUUAAUUGUCUCUGUCUCGCCGGUGCUUUACUAGUGCAGAUGGUUAGGCUAAGUCCGGAGCAAUCAAAAACGACACCCGAACUAUGUUUUGACCGUUAUUUUAGUGGAAAGGUUUAUAGGUCGCGAAUGGGAAUAAUAGUACAGUAAUUAAGCUAGUAUUUUCUGUUGAUUACCACAAUGAGUAUUAGUACUGGUCAUUCCAACUUUUCGGUUUAAAGUUUUGCAUAGUCAUAUUAUUUUAUUCUAGGUACAAUUGUGAGGCUGUUUUUGUAGGAUUAGUAUUUAAUUUACUAUUUAUUUUAAAUUAUUGUUUUUAUUUUCUUCAGCAAAUGCUUUUGCAUUUUGUUUAACACUUACCAAAGACGGUGUCACCUGCAUUUAUAGCUAGAAAGUUUUCUUGAAAGCUGUUGUAUCGACGAUAAGUUACUAUAUAUACACACACACAUACAUACGUACACACGCCCUGACAAAUACAAUCUAAUUCACGCGGAUACUCAGUCGUUUGUACACUGUUUUCUGGAAUAACAAUGCAAUAGAUUUGUUCUGAAUUCUAGUUUUGCUCUCUAUUUGGUUUUCUUCAAAGAACGUUCCGACUAUUCAACGGAUACUAGGACGGCAGUAAUAUCUAUAAAAACCAAGAUAUUUGUAAAGUUGUACAAUAGAUAAACGCAGCACUUGAUUUGUGCUACUUACUUUAGGAGGCUUUUGUAAGGAACGUUUGACCACAAAUGAUAGAGGCUAUUGUGCUCUGAGCUAUAUACAUUUAUUGGUUUACUUUUUAUACGGAUUGUGUUGCAACUUGUAAUUUACAAGACAAUGUUAAUAUUUUGGAUACCGAUUGUAGGCGAAAUGUUAUCAAAAAUGUUUUUUCCAGAAAACAGUAAUCAGCAUGCACAGUCACAGGUUAGGAUAGUAAUCCGGCUGGAAAAUGUAAGUUACACAGCUCACUCUGCAAAAAAAAUCCAAAUUAAUCAAGAGAAGUCAAUGAAAUAUAU